AUGGUGACCACCAGCUUGCCACCAGCUGUUCCGACAAUCCUGGGUGGUGUCCAUGGGCAGGACAACGUGUUUCUGGGAAACGUUGGCUGGGUCGCAGUGGGGCUUGGUGCCGUGCUGACCUGUCGGUUUGCGUUGCCUUGGACGCGGCUGCUCCGAGACAAACGGGACUUGGAGCAUGGCAGAAUCGGCGACCUUGCCCCGGAUCCUGGUAAAGACGAUGGGUCCGGAUGGGCCAUUCCAGCAGCAAGCCCUGCAAUGCAGCUGCGCAGCUUAGCGGCCGUACGGCAAGAGAGAUGCCCCGGCGGCGGUGGCGAGCAGAUUUGCAAAGGCUCGAAUGUCGUGGUCGUACGGCAGGGCAUCACGCCAGCCUCGCAGUUGCGCAACUUUGUGCCCGGCAAUGUCUAUCCAGAGUGGAGCUCCCGUGAAAACCCGGUCAACAUCGCUGAAGGCCGGAUGGAGACCCCGGCAAUCGUGCUGGAGGAUGCUGGUCACGCUCACCAAAGCCAGAGCUCGGAGAUGCAAUGCGACAUUGAGGACUCCCUCACGCAGAGCCCCAAGUCAGUUGAAGCAUCGGCACCUGGUGUUAAUCCAGCUCUGCACAUUCGUGAGAUACGUUCGUGCCUAGCAGUGCGACAGCAGUUUCGGGCAGAGCUUGAAUCCCGGGUAGCUGAUUUCGUUCAAUCUGAAGAGCUGCUUGGUAGCAUUAUCAGGAACGAGAAGUCAGAAAGACAGCUCGAAGAGCGCUUGGCUGAGGCAAAGGAGGGAGGGAGUGAAAGCUCCCCCAAGCGAAAAGCUAAAGGCCCAUACAUGUUGUCGGUUGCCUUGAAGAGCGUAAAUGGAGACCGCGAUCUCCAGACCAUGCCCGGCCAAUGUUUUCAUGGGUGA